AUGGCCUUCCGACCGCUCCUCCGGCAGCGCGCCGUCGUGCCCGCGACGUCCGCAAUCCUUGCCGCCGGCCUCUCCCUCUACCCGAUCCGCAACGUCCACGCCGAGGCUCCCCACGCAUCGCAGAGCCAAUUCGAGAGGGUGCGGUCCGCCUCGCUCUCGCCUCAAGCCCGGCUAACCUCCGCCCAGGACCUCCGCAAGCCCAUCUACGACGACUUUGCCCCGGUGCCCGCCGAGCCCGCCAGCCCGCCCAAGACGGCUCCCACGCCGUCGACGCCGACGUACACGGACCGGCUGGCCGCCCAGGUCGCCCAGGCCCGCCUGUUCCUGCACGGCUAUGCGGCCAAGUCCGAGGACAAGGUCAACGCGGGGCUGACGGAGGCGCUGCGCCUGGAGAACUCGUUCACCAGCACCGUCGCGUCGCUGGCCCCGCCCAAGGAGUCGGGCGAGAAGGUCAUGCCCGGCGCCAUCUACGUGCUCGUCUCGGCCAUGGCCGGCAGCAUCGUCACGCGCAACCGCAACAUCCUGCUGCGCUCCACGGUGCCCGUCGCCGUCGGCAUCGCCGCCUCGUGGGCCAUCCUGCCGCUCACCACCCGGAACGUCGGCGACCUGCUCUGGACCUACGAGGAGCGCUACCCCGUCAUCGCCGAGAACCACCUGCGCGCCAAGGAGCGCGCCACCAGGUUCGUGCAGACGGGCAUUGCGCACAGCAAGAUGACGGCCGCCAUGCUGGAGGAGAAGAUUGGCGAUGCGAGGGAAUUCGUCGAGGACUGGGUGAGGAAAGGUAGGUAA